GAUAAUAAUUUCCUUAUUUCUGCUAAUGUUUAGAUUCCCAUGAACAAGAAGAAUAAGAAAGAGAGAUACCAAGAGGAGUUGGAAGAACGGCUUGUGUCCUUGGUUGCGUCUUUAUUUGGUGGAAUUUUGAGGGGUUCAAGGAGAGAAAGAUUAUUGAGCAAAUUUGUUGAGAAUGAGUACGAGAAGAUUGACCGGCUUAUGGAACUCUAUAUAAGAUACUCUAAUAGAAUUAAAGCAGAAACCGAAAGGCUGGACCAACUUGAGCUUGAUGAUCUCGAGAUGGAUGAAGAAGAAAGGUACAACCGAAAGCUAGAAUCUGGACUCUACACUCUUCAGGUUAAGCUUUUUUACCUUGUUUCUGUUCCUUAUCAAUUAUUUGUGAAACUAAUGCUAGAGGUGCUUGGUAGAAUCUUGUAAUUACUUGGCAUGCAUCAUGCAGUGAGUGCUUUGCUAGGAUCACUUUCCUCACUGAUGGAAUACAUCAAUCUACCACAAGCAGGAAGCUUAAAAGGAUGGGAACUUUAGUCUAAAUUAUUAUCGGACAGACUUAUGCAUAGUUUGCUUAUAACAGUAUCUCAGAGAAUACUUCUAAUUAAAUAAUUUAUGGUGCAUGCACAAUAUGAUCCAUUUGUAGAUUCAUGAUCGGAUGUCUUAUAUUAGAUCACUGCACUUGGCAGUGCAAUUUUUUUAUGCAUCUUUUAUUUUACAAAUUAGUGGGAAUUUUUGGGGGGAACAAUGAACAUAAACUGUUAUUUCUGGGUUUUGGGGGCCGGGGUCUUAUACUUGGACUGGAAUGCCAGAACUUUGGAAGAUUAUUCCCAACCACCCCACUUCUUUGGGGCAGAAUGGUGAUUUUGGUUAGCCAUGGCCUGAACCUUAUGGUUUCUUCUGGGGUUUCUUUUUAUACUUUGUCAAGGGAUUGGUUAUUCUUUUAUAUUGAAAGGAUCUUUUGUGCUUCUUUGUUAUUUCUUCCUCAUUGAAGCGGAUGUGUGAUCCUCCCUUUUGUAGUUUCUUUCUUUCUAUAAUCUUUCUCUUUCAUAUAGAUAUACUUGAAAGCCA